AUGGCGGAGGGAGGCGGACCCGAGUCCGGCAACGCAGCAGACCCUGAUGCGGAGCCGGUACCGGUACAAACACCCAUACCUUCAACUGAGACUCAAAAACAGAGCAUAGGAGCUCUACUGAAAACAACACUCAGAAAGGGCGAUGAGUGGUAUCUGAUUGACAGCCGGUGGUUUAAACAAUGGAAGAAGUAUGUGGGCUUCGACAGCUGGGACAUGUACAAUGUAGGAGAGCAGAGUCUGUUUCCUGGACCCAUCGACAACUCUGGGCUGUUUUCAGAUCAGGACACUCAGACCCUGAAGGAACAUCUUAUAGAUGAGCUGGACUAUGUCCUGGUGCCCACAGAGGCAUGGAAUAAACUGGUCAGCUGGUAUGGUUGUCUGGAGGGCCAGAGACCCAUUGUCAGAAAGGUGGUGGAGCAUGGCAUGUUUGUGAAGCAUUGCAAAGUGGAGGUUUACCUGUUGGAGCUGAACCUGUGCGAGAACGACAACAUGGACCGCGUGGUGACUCGCCAUUUCAGCAAAGCUGAUACAAUCGAUACGAUUGAGAAGGAGAUGAGGUGUCUGUUCGACAUUCCCUCGGAGAAGGAGACGCGGCUGUGGAACAAGUACAUGAGUAACACCUACGAGCAGUUGAACAAGCCUGACAGCACUGUUCAGGAUGCUGGGCUCUUCCAGGGCCAGGUACUUGUGAUUGAGCGGAAGAAUGAGGACGGAACUUGGCCCAGACAGGCCUCUCUUCCCAAAUCCAGCACAACCACAUCUAGGAAUUUUACUACCUCCCCCAAGGUCUCCUCCAAUUCGUCUGCAACUAUUUCCUCCUCGGCCACAAACGGGGACUGUAGUAGCAACUCGGGGUACAUGCUUAACAACAGCCUCUCCUCUGGAAACAGGCUGGGGGGAUAUAGCUCAUACAGUUCAUCCUACAACUACAGAGAAUCUCCCUCCCAACCAGGCCUUUGUGGCCUUAGCAACCUAGGAAACACCUGUUUUAUGAAUUCUGCCCUUCAGUGCCUGAGUAACGCCCCGCCGCUGACGGAGUACUUCUUAGACGACCGCUACGUGGCGGAGAUAAACCGAGAGAAUCCGUUGGGGAUGAGGGGAGAGAUUGCUGAGGCGUACGCCGACCUGGUCAAACAGAUGUGGCUGAGUCGCAGCAGCUACGUGGCCCCCCGCACUUUCAAGACGCAGGUGGGUCGGUUUGCCCCGCAGUUCUCAGGCUACCAGCAGCAGGACUCGCAGGAGCUGCUGGCCUUCCUGCUGGACGGCCUUCACGAGGACCUGAACCGUGUGAAGAAGAAGCCUUAUCUGGCCCUGACGGAUGCCGGGGGGCGGCCAGACGAGAUUGUCGCGAACGAAGCCUGGAAGAACCAUCGCUUACGUAACGACUCCAUCAUCGUGGAUAUCUUCCACGGCCUGUUCAAAUCCACUCUGGUCUGCCCGGAGUGCUCCAAAGUGUCUGUGACCUUUGACCCCUUCUGCUACCUCACCCUGCCCCUGCCUAUGAAAAAAGACCGGACCAUGGAAGUGGUUCUGGUGCGCAGUGACCCGCAGUGCCGACCCAUGCAAUACCGUGUGGUUGUUCCUAAGAUGGGGGCAGUGUCCGACCUCUGCAGUGCCCUGUCCAAACUGUCAGGAAUUCCUGCCGAAAACAUGGUGGUGGCAGAUGUUUAUAAUCAUAGAUUCCAUAAAGUCUACAGACGGGACGACGGUCUGAACCAGAUUAUGGAGAAAGAUGACAUCUUUGUGUAUGAGGUGAUGGAGGAGGACAAUGAAAGGAUGAAUCUCCCGGUCUACUUUCGGGAGAGGCAUAUUAAACACUCCAGUGGCUCGUCUGGCACCCUGUUGUUUGGCCAGCCUCUCCUCCUCAGCAUACCACGCAACAACCUGUCCACGGACGCCCUCUACCAGCGAAUCCUGGAGAGGACAGGACGUUACGUGAAGCGUCCCCCGGGCACCGCGACAGAGGGAAGAGUCGCCGCCGCCGCCGCCACGGCAACCACCUCCAGCCGCAGUCAGGCAGCCAACUGCACAGCCUCCUCCAAUCACAACGCGGACCUGAGCAGCUGCAGCAGCCCCGUGUCUGACGGAGCGUCCUGCAGCGCUGGGUCCAGCAACGGCAGCAGCCAAUCCAGCGCCUGCAACGGCCCCAACGGAGUGUGUGAGGGGGAUGAAGAGGCCAUGGAUCACCAGGUCAGCCCCGAACCGGAGAACAGCCAGGGCGAGGCUGCGGAUGAGGAGGAGGACGAGAGCUCCGAACAGGAGAAUGGAUCCAAUGGGAGCGUGGGAAAAUCAGGCUCCGCCCACAAUAGGCUCUUCACCUUUAGCAUGGUCAACUCCUGCGGCACAGCCAACAUCAGCUCUCUGCCGUGCGACGGAAAUAUUCUCAAAUUCACACCACAUUCCACCGUGGCUAUUGACUGGGAUUCAGACCUAAGGAAACUCUGCUAUGAUGAUCAGGAAGCAGAGGCCUAUGAGAAGCAUGAGAGUAUGAUGCAGGCCCAGAAGAAGAAGACCACAGUGGCUCUCAGAGAGUGCAUUGAGCUGUUCACCACUAUGGAGACUCUGGGAGAACACGACCCCUGGUAUUGUCCCACCUGUAAGAAGCAUCAGCAGGCCACUAAGAAGUUUGACCUUUGGUCUCUGCCGCGCAUCCUGGUCGUGCACCUGAAACGCUUCUCGUACAAUCGCUGCUGGAGAGACAAACUCGACACGGUGGUGGACUUCCCAAUCAGGGACCUGAACAUGUCUGAAUUUGUUUGUGACCCAAAAGCCACACCCUACAUCUAUGACCUCAUCGCUGUGUCCAAUCAUUAUGGAGGAAUGGGCGGCGGACACUACACGGCCUACGCUAAGAACAAAUGUGAUGGGAAGUGGUAUUACUUUGAUGACAGCAGUGUGUCGUCUGCCUCGGAGGAUCAGAUUGUGACAAAAGCAGCCUACGUGCUUUUUUACCAACGGCGAGAUGUUGGCUCCCCCCCGAAAUCCCCACCCUCCGCCUCGCUGGGCGGAGCCCCGGAGACCCUCGACGACCACAUGGACACCAACUGACCAACCAGACCGGCCGGUUUUUAAAAAGCUGGGCAACUGACAGCAGCAGCAGGAAGCAGAAACACUCAGAUAUGUCAAACAGAUCAGCUGCUUCAGCGAUUCCAGACUUCUCUUUAAGGGGGCACUCAAUUUUCUCUUUUCACCUCUCACUUUUUUUUUUCUCUUCACACGCAUCCACACGAGCCAAAAAAAAUUAAAAGAAAACAAAAGAAAAUCUUAAGUUUGAAGUGUGACUUGAGGGGUAUGUUGCUCUGAAACACCUGCUUGACGCCUGCUGAUAGACCUGACAGGACAAGGGUUUCAUUUAAAGAACAGGAAAGGUGAAGAGUUCUCUGACCUUUCACUGGACUGUGUGAAUGUGUAGAAGUUGCCUGAAAUG